AUGUCAGGCUCCCAGGUUGAUCCCGAUCAGUUCACUCGUGCGGGCUGCAUAACGCGGAAAUACUACCGCGAUGUCUAUCCCACCAUCGAUCCAUCACAGCCAGAGCUAUCCCAAAAAGAUAAAAUGCAAUCACGACUGACCUCCGUGAUACUCCAGGCUAUUGCGCGAGCUCACGCCCAGUCCGGCGUCAAAGGGCUAGUCCUGAUAACUCAGUCGGCUAAGUCGGCUGAAGAGACGAAAGCAGUCUUGCAAGCCGAAUUCCCCUCUGUUGAUGUGCUGGCUCUGCCCACGGACAUCACCAAUGAGAAGGAAAUAGCGCAGACUUUCGACACUAUCAGGAACCACUUUGGCAUCGCUCACACUUUGAUCAACAACGCCGGGGUUUUUGCCUCGAUAGCGCCCGUUGCCCAAUCAGACUCCAACACCUGGUGGAAGGACUUUGAGGUCAACGUACGGGGGACAUACCUUGUCACCGCGGCAUACCUGCGUCUGAUCGCCGCAGAGAGCGCUGAUUUUCAGCCCACUGUAGUCAACCUCAUUUCGACGAUUGGUCUGACGCCGCCUGGACUGAGCAGUUACUUUAUCAGUAAACUGGCUGUGGCAAAGUUCACCGAGUUCGUCACAGCCGAGAACCCCCAGGUUGCCACCUACAGUCUCUCUCCGGGUAUCGUACAAACCAGCAUGACCCUGGAUUCAUUCAAGCCAUUUGCUAAAGACACUGGUGCCGUGACCGUCUACUUGGCCGCGAAACGGCCACAAUACCUUAAUGGACGUCACCUAUCCUCCAAUUGGGAUUUGGCAGAGCUUGAAGAUAGGCAAACUGAGUUGUCCUCAUCAGAUACGCUGAAAGUGGGCCAGUUCAUCUGA